AUGUGUUUCAUUGAUAUACAGAAGACUUAUGGUUCAAUAAAUAGAGAUCUUUUAUGGAAAAUAUGUCGACAAUAUGGCUUGACUGAGAAAACAGUACAAAUGUUGAAAUUAGUGUACAAAAACACCAGGGCACAAGUAAGAAUCAACGGUGAACUGUCCGAAGUGUUUGACAUUGAAACCGGUGUAAUGCAAGGUGGUAUCCCAUCUCCUGUAUUGUUUAAUAUUGUAUUCGAUUUCAUUAUUAAAAAAGUACUGGAACAAUGUAGCGUCGAGGGAGUAACGUUUGCCUAUGGAAGCACUGAUUUCUAUCAUGGUGCUAGAGAUAAAUUCGAAAAUUUUGAUAUUCUGGCUUUAAUGUAUGCUGAUGAUUUGGUGGCUUUAACACAAACUCUUGAUGAUCUAAAACUUUUUAUUAAGAUCUUUGAAAACGUCACUCAAGCAUAUGGUUUAACUAUGAGUGUUAAGAAGACCUGCGUUAUGUCAAUACAACAGUUCAAAGAAGGUAUCAAUGGAAAAAUUGUGAAGAACCAUGAAGUUGAUAUCCCUGAUAUUGAAAUUGCUAUCAGAAAUCAAAAAAUUGAAACAGUGGACUCGUUCUCCUAUCUAGGUUGUUGGGCCUGUCGUGAUCAACGAUCAGAUAAAGAAGUAGAAUCAAGAUUAACAAAGUCAGCAACAGCGUUCAACAUGUUAAGAAAUGUUAUUUGGUAUAGAAAAACGAUAUUAAUAGAAGCUAAACUUCGAAUCUUUAGAGCGUGUGUCCUGCCAGUCCUAUUGUUUGGUAGCGAAGUUUGGUCACUGACUGCUGUUCAAGAAAAAAGAAUCAGCACUUUCUAUAUGAAAUGUUUAAGAACGAUACUUGGUCUGAAUCUGGGAGAUCGUGUAGCAAAUAUAACAAUAAUGCAACUAUCUGGCCAGCCUUCAAUUGAAAAUCUUAUGCGACGAAAUCGAUUAAGAUGGGUUGGUCAUGCAAAUCGUAUGGAAAAUGAAAAUGGGCCACAUUUAGUUAAGAAAAUUAUGUUUUCAUAUUUCCCUGGUGAAAAACGUCCUACAAAUACUGGAAUAAGAAAAAGGUGGGAAAACAAGAUCAUGGAUGACAUCGAGAAAUUCGACAUAAAAAAUUGGAGGAAAGACACCAAAGAUAAAGACAGAUGGCGUGAAAUAAUUAAUAGGCAUGUCACAAUGAAUCCUGUUCCUUCAAACAUUAAGUCAAUUAUACAAGAGUUCAAAGAUAUUUCAAAGAAAAGAAGAGCAGAAGAAUU